AUGGCUUCGCUCAUGGCCAUCACGGCCCCUUUUCCCACUCGGCCUUUGACCUCCAAUACACCUCCGUGGUCGAAGCCGAAGCCGACUGACCGCCUUUCGAGGGAAAAUGGCCAAAUGGGGCAGCAAUCCAACGUGGGAGCUGCCGGCUGUGCAUUGGUUGUCGGCUUGCUCGGCAGUUUGACCAGAACUAGCCCAAAGCAACGAUGUACAGCUCAGCUAAUCAUGACCCGUCAGAAGCAACGGUCACGGACACUUCAAAUUCUCAAGGAUUUUCUGGGCUUUGGCGUGCUUUUGGGCAGCUUCCAAGCAGCUUGGCACAUUCUGCCUGUCUUUUUGGAUAUCAAGAUCGCAGCGGAUCCAUCUCUUCCGAUGCUCACAGAAACCUCGCUGCCAGUUGCAAAGACGGCGAUUUUUGCAGGCUGGCUUGCUGGCUCGGUGUGCUUGCGACAUGCGAUGAAGAUCUACAGUAAAGAAGAAAUUAUGAUUGCAAGCGCUAGUGGACUUCUUUUGGUCGCCUUGGCGACAGUGACCCUCCCUCAUGUGACAGGAGGAAGCUUUGUGGCUUUCACCUUAGUGAGAUUUGUUUAUGGUUUGCUCAUGAACAUUGCAACGGUCCAGAUUGUACUUCUCCAGAUGCGCAUGCCGGAAAAGCGCCGAAACCAAGCAGUGGCAUGCAAACAGAUUGGCUAUAGCUUGGUUUCCAUCCUCGUGGCAUACGGCUGCGGUGGCCCAACCUUUGGACUUGAUUGGCGCUUGGAGGCCUUGUUGUGGUAUGCGUUGGCACCUUUGCUUGGCCUUUUCGUGUGUUUUCCGAAUUGGUGGGCAACCCUUCGCUCUCUACCAUCCAUUGCGAGAGAGAAGGCACGGGCCUCCAGCCAGGUCUCUGAAGCCCAUGCCAGAGUUGAAAUGACUCCAGUGAUGAGACGACAUGAAGUUGCACUAGCAACAUGCUUUUUGGCCUGCGGUUGCGCCUUUUUUGGAUUGAGUUAUUCUGCUUCUCAGUUGUCCCCCAACGUCUACCGUAGCUCCAUACUUCUAAAUUGUGCGGACAUUCUGGGCUUUCUUGCAGCCAUGAGUGCAGAUGUCUUUGGAAGGAAGCGAGUUCAAGGCGGAUGCUUCCUUGUCGCGGCCAUUUGCUUGUUGCUUUGUAGCGCUGGCAUGCCUGGUAGCACUUUGGUGAUGUCCUUUGCAGUGAUUGGCCGAUUGUGCUUGGACGUGAGCUUUUGCACUAUUUUAGUCGCGAUGGCCGACACAUUCCCGGAGUCCGCGCACGAGCGGGUGCUUCCAACCUUUGCGAUUGCCACCCGCGUGGGGAGCCUGAUUGCUCCAUUCUUGGGAACGUUGCCGGCAGCCAUCUCCUGCUCAAUUUUCAGCAUGCUUUGCUUCGCAGCAACAGGCGCCACCAUGAUGUUGCCAGAGCAAAAGAUUCGCAUGAGCCCGAAAGGGGCGGCCCUGAACUCGUCCUUGCCAAACUUCAAGUCUCUCCUGGUACCUUUUGGAGGCUUCUCAGAGGCCUCUGACCAGAAGGCCAGAGUGGCAACCACCAGGCCUGGCCGAAGCAUUCCACGAAUGGCCUCUAGCAACCUGGUCUCUGCCUCCCCAGCUGCUCGGCUGCGCAACUAUUUGGCAUCCAAGGUGCCUGAGUUGGGGCUUGCUGAGCUUCAUUUUCAAGAUCCACCGAAAGAAUGA